GAAAUUUGGGAGCGAGGUUUAAAGUGGGACGAUGAUUUACAUAGCGAUUUGGUAAAGAAAUGGAAAAAAUGGUGUUCUGAAAUUACAUUUUUGGACAAAUAUGUUACAAUAGUGCGAAAACUAUGUUCAACGACUGAUAUUAGUGGUGUUUCUCUUCACAUAUUUGUUGACGCAAGUCCUAAGGCUUAUGGAACCGUGGCGUACCUUCGUUAUACAACAAUUGAAGGACAUAUCCGAGUUAAAUUCAUAAUUUCUAAGUGCAAGGUUGCUCCAUUAAAAACUUUGACUUUGGCUAGAUUGGAAUUGAUGGCAGCUCUCGUCGGUGCUAGAUUAGGGAAAUAUUUACAAAAUGUUUUUUCAAAUUUUACUCAACAAAUAUACUAUUGGAGCGAUUCUAAAAUUGUUCUUCACUGGGAAAAAGGAUCUUCAAAACUUUGGAAGCCAUUCGUUUCUAAUCGAGUGGCAGAAGUGCAGACACUUUCGCUUCCAGAGUGUUGGAACCAUUGCAGCGGUGCGGAAAAUCCUGCUGAUUUCAUCUCUAGAAGAAAAUCUGCAGCUAAAAUCGUUCCCUGUGGUGGUCAGUGCAUUGAUGUCAACAAAUACAGCAAUCUUACUAAACUUUUGAGAGUGACAGCUUGGGUAAAAAGGUUUUCCCAUAAUGCCAAGCCAGAUUCUUCAAAGUUGAAAGGACCUAUUAGUGCUUCUGAACUUCAGAAUGCUUUGCAUACCUGGAUUAAAACUGUUCAACUCUUGUAUUACGAGAGUGAAAUCCAACAACUCCUCUCUCAAAGUAGUUUGAGUAAACAUUCACGAAUUUUCAAUCUCAAUUGUAAACUUAAUGAUGAUAAUCUUUUAUUUUUACAGGGACGUUUGCAGUUCUCUACCGAUGAUGUGAAAACAAAACAUCCUGUACUACUUCCUUCUAAUGAUAAAUUCGUUGAAUUAGUUAUAUUAGAUGCUCAUGUUAAAAAGGGUCAUUUAGGUGUAGAUUCUACUUUAACUCACUUAAGAGAACAAUAUUGGAUAAUCAAAGGUAGACAAUAUGCAAAAAUGGAUUUGAGAAACUGUUUAAUAUGCAGACGUUAUAAGAUAAAACCUGGUUCUCAAGUGGUAGCUCCGUUACCACCUGACAGAACAAAAGAACAACUUCCUUCUGAUAUUUCUGGUGUAGAUUUCGCUAGACCCUGUUUUGUUACUGACUCUAAUAAUAAGUGUUAUUUGUUAAUUUUUACCGGUGCAGUCACUAGAGCUGUGCAUUUGGAGCUAGUUAGUAACAUGAAUACUGAUUCUUUUUUAUUGGGUUUUAGAAGAUUUGUUUCUCGUAGAGGAUUGUGUUCGAUUUUGUAUUCAGAUAAUGCAAAAGCCUUUAAAAAGGAAAAUAGUGAACUAAAAAAAUUGUGGAAUCAAAUUAAUGAUCCUCAGGAAAAAAAUAUGUUUGCUGCUAAAAAUAUUGUUUGGAAAUUUAUUGUCGAAAAAAGUCCUUGGUGGGAAGGUUUCUGGUAG